CAAACGCAUCCAUCACAUGGUUACCAACGACACGCUUCCAGAGUAUCACCAGACAGAUAGUCACCUCCCAAUCUAUUUGGAUCACUUCCGCACCGUCGCGCCAUGUGGUUUUUUCAAACCUUUACCUCGUCAUCUUCAUUAACAACCUGCCUGUAUCUGUACUAGGUCUAGAAUAGAUUUAAUUCUAGACUAGUCCAGACCUUUUCUCUAGAUCGAGACCUUGCGAUACUUCCUUGGCGUCUCCAAGCUUCAAACACGAUAGAAAGUAACCACAGAUUCGACCCAGCGUCAAGUCAGGUUCAAAUCACGCCGUAACCAGCUUAGAUCUUUCUGCUGCCAUAAUCCAAAGUAUUGAUGGCUUCCAAGUCAUCCUUCCUACCACGACUUGGUCUCUUGAGUGAUACCUCGUCACCUUGGAUCAGCCCUCCCAGAACCUCGAAUAACAAGCUGCGAACCAAACGCAGCGAAUAUGACCUCGACGACAUGUCGCCACGUUCAGACUCUGUAACCACGCCGCUACGUGACCAAACCCCCACACCGCAUACCGAUAACCUUAUGUCGAGCCCGCCUCCUCCCGACACGCCGCCAAAGGAGGGCAGAAACCACGUCAUGUUCAACGGCCCGCCGCCGCCAAUCUUCUCCGCAGGGCCGAGGAAAACACACACAGCCGAAGCACAGUCGGCCGCCGCAGCUGCAACCUCGGCGCUCUAUGGACUGGGGAGCGCCCUGUUCAGCCGCCGCGGCUCCGGCGCUGGCUCCGUGUCCUCCAAGACGCACGAAAACACCCCGCAGCUCGAGCAGGACACGGUAUGGCAGAGCUUCCAGCGGCGCGAGCGGGCUCUCCAGCGCGACGCACAACGCCUGCUCGACCUCCAGGCCAGCGGGCUGUCAGCCGGCCUCGGCCACCCCUCGGGAAGCGACCACGGCGCCCACCAUCCCAGCAGCGGUAGCAGUUCGCCGGCCGCAAGCCGGGGACGCGGCGGCGGCGCCGCCUCGCAGUCACGCCUCAGCAUCCUCGACCCGCCCACCCAGGCAAACGACCACGGGCAGGUGAUGCCGGUGCGGCAGCCGCGCAGCAAGCCCGUGGGACUGCGCGGGGCGCGCGCGGGCCUCGGCCGCACCCUGACGCUGCUCGCUGACCUCCGGGCCGAGGAGGACGCGUGCCUGGCGUCAGCGCUGGGGCAACGCAAGAGCGCGCUCGUCAAGGUUCGCAAGAUGAACACGAGGAGGGAGGGGCUGCUGGACGAGCUCAGGGCGCUCGAGUCGGAUGAUGAGGAGCCCCUUGCCCGGGAGCUGCGGGACCUGCAGGUUGAGCACGGCUCCGUCUGUCGGGAGAUAGACGAGCUCGAGGAGAAGCUGGCUGUCUUGAAGAGCAGACAGCGGCGCAUGGAGGAGGACAUGUCGACGCUGGUGAACCGGCGCGAGGCUGGACUUAGCGGCUACCGUGGAGCUCUCAGGGAGGUGGAUGCAAAGUUGGCGGAUGUGCUGUCGCGACCGCCCGUAAAACCCCUGGACGUCUCGGUAUUCAAAGAAUCUGCCCGUGGCGUGUCACCUUCCGGCUUGGAGUUUCUGAGCUUAAACCCGGAGAGGAGAACAGCGAGCAUGGCUAUAGAAUGGUGGGACAAGGAAGUACUGAUCCUGGAGCGGCGCAAGAAGGCGGUCGACAAGGAGCGGGUCGCUCUGGAAGAAGGGGCCGAGGUUUGGGCCGCAGCCACCAAGCUGAUUACCGCCUUCGAGUCCGAGUUGCGCGGCAGCAUCACGGCCGGGGGGGAUGAGUCCGACCAAAAGACGUCCCAGGAGGAAAAUCUACGAAUGCAACUGGCCAAGAUGCAGACUGUCAUCAACGGCCUCGAAGACCACCUGCAGUACGUAGAGCAAAAGGGAUGGAACCUGCUGAUCUGCGCCAUAGGAGCGGAGCUCGAGGCCUUUAGGGAAGCAUAUCUGGUUCUGCGGAGCGCAAUGGCCGACAUUGGCAUCGAGGUGGACGACGACGCCACACCUCGCCUUGCACGGUCGACUACAGAUCCCAAGGCCGCAGAGGCGGAGGUCAGCUCCAAAGUUAAAGGGAAGCAAAAGGAAUCAGACAACCGCGGCUCAUUGUUGGAUUUGGGAAGCCAAGAUGCGGAAGAAGACGACAACGCAGUGCCGCACGACCUUUUGGUAGACAGCAGCCACGACGAUGAGAGAAAGGAGACACAACGCCCCUCUAGGAGAGAAGCCAGUCCCAGUCUGCAAAGGGAGGAGAGCGAUAAUGAGAUACCCCCCGAGUUCCUCAGAGAGCAUCAGGAUUAGCACUGAACGGAAGAGGAUGGACUAGGUGCACAUGUAGAUGUAAUAAUAUGAUUUGUUUUUUUGCAGACGCAUCCCCGAUUGCCGUUGGGUAUCUAGCUUCAUUGUACAUUUUGAAUAACAUGAUCUACGGUCCAAUAUAAAUAUUAGUUGCAGUUACAUGUGGGUUAGUGAUAUACUCUAUGGUAAGCCA